AUGAGUAAAAAUGAUAAAAAUCAAAAGUUGACUGCUUAUGAAAGUUAUAAGAAAAUAGAAUCUGAAAUCAAAUUUCAAACUAAUCUCUUAGAGAAAUCAAAUCCAACUAUCAGGUGUCCAAUACAUUAAUAUAAUUACUCCAAAACUUGUAGGUAGUACCAAAAUUUGAAUCAUUAGAUAAUGUAAGAAAAUUGUUGUAGAAGAAGUACCAACAUAUUAAGAAAAAUCAAUUAAUAUGGACAAAUAUCAUUAUGAUGUUGGAGAUAGAGGAGAUAAUAUAAUACCAAUGUAUUUGUGAAAAUUUAAUGAAAGUCGAGGAGAAAAUGCUAUUAGCAAUAUGAAUUCAUUAGUUAGAUAAAAUAUACUAACAUGUCAAUAUUAUAAAGAAUUACUAUAGAUUAGAGAUAUUAAUGAUAUNCAAAAAUAAAGCCAAAAUUAGGAAUUUGUUUAGUAGGAGAUUCACCUGCAUCAAAAUCAUAUGUUAAUAGGAAAUUAAAAGCUUGUUAGGAAAUUAAUAUUGAUGCAGAAUUAUUUAAUUUUUCAGAGAAUGUUGAAUAAGAUUAAUUGAUUAAACAUAUCUAAUCAAUGAAUCAUGAUGGUAUAUUAGUGUAAGUAUUUUAAUAUAUAAAAAUAUUAAUAGUUACCAUUACCAUUACAUCUGAAUAAGUUGGAUAUCAUUCAUUCAAUUCCUUAUGAAAAAGAUGUGGAUUGUUUACAUAUGCAUAAUUUAUAAAGAAUUUUAGUUUAUGGAGAAUUAUGUGAGAUGUUACCAUGUACUCCUGCAGCAGUAUUAUAAAUUUUGGAUUAUUAUGAUGUGAAUGUAAUUGGCAAGAAAGUUACAGUUAUAGGUAGAAGUUUCUUAGUUGGAUUACCAUUAUCAUUGUUAUUACAAAAAAGAAAUGCUACAGUAACUGUUUGUCAUAGGGAAACAUUAAAUUUAGAUUAACAUAUUAUGAAUGCAGAUAUUGUUAUAAGUGCAGCUGGACAUCCAAAAUUAGUUAGAAAUGUUAAAUAAGGAGCUAUAGUAAUUGAUGUUGGAAUCUCAUAAGGUGAAAAGAAAGGUAGAAUUGUUGGUGAUGUUGAUAUUGAUGUUGUUAAAAAUUAGGCAUCACUUAUUACUCCUGUUCCUGGAGGAGUUGGACCAAUGACAGUAUGUAUGUUAAUGAGAAAUCUGUGUAAUAUUUGGAAGAAGAAAUAAGGAUAGCCUGUUUACAUCAAUCCGAAAUUGAGUGAUGCUUAUUUGAAUGAUUGA